AUGUACUUCACGCCUAACAAUGUCGAAUACGUUUUAGAUUAUCGUUAUAAUAUUUUGAUUAAUACAAAAACAAUGAGUAAAUUUAAGACUACACCACCACUUGUCAGUCUUUGUGCGGUAAAUACAGCUCAAGAAGUUGAAAUACGUCUUCAUGAGCCUCUAAUUCAAAAACCAGGGUCUCGUAAGAAACGAAUAGGGCUACAGGUAUUGAACGCGUUGGCAAGAUUAGAGGUGCUACUGAAUAAAGAGGAGGCGCUUGCCAGUUCAGAAAACGAGGUGCAGCAUUUGGCACAG